AAAAAAAAUCAGGUAUCCCAUCACUUUCAAAAUAUUUUUUAAGCCAAACUGGCAACAAGACUUUCCGGGAGUUUUGAAAUAAGUGGUUACAUUGUUUGUUUGUUAUUUUAACAUAUUUGACUUUCGAUGCCUACUUCAAUAUGGAAAAUAAUGUAAAUGUACCGAAACAUGAAUCCAUGCCUACUUACUCCCAUAAAAGCAACGAAGCAAUAGAAACUAAUUUUAAAUCCGCUGUAACCCAUCCGUCUGUUCGAGCCAGAAACAUUGAUGAUUUGUUUAAAAGAAUUAGAAGCGGAAACGAUGUACUUUGUCGUUUACCUACUCGUCUCGAUCCCAGUGUAGAAUUCAGUGAGGAUGAAGACGAGGAUGAACCUGUUGAAGAAAGCGGAAAUGAAAACAAAGAACCUGAAGUGGAGAAAACGCCCGAAUUUAGACCAAGAACUCAUGAAUUGCUAUCUAAAUUUGAGCAGUUUUCAACGUCAUCCAAAAAGAACCAGAUUGCUCCUCCCAAUUUCAAUCCCUUUAAUCAACAAUAUUAUUCUGUUCAGAAACCUAAUAACAUUCAAAGGAAUCGCUUGAGUAUGCAAAAUUUUAUGCCUCAGAGUGAAUAUAAAAUUAGAAAACCAAAUGCUCUUGCAGAAAGACAGCCUAAAAUAAAAAUGGACUUAAUGUCGCAGCCAGAGUUUAAAGUUCCUUUGGAGAAACCGCUUGCAUCCAACAUGCCUCUUAAGAAAACAUCUCCCUUGACAGAUGAUAUAAUAGAAGUAAAUCGGAAAUCAUAUAGUGUUCUGUCCCUUCUGGGAUCUGGUGGUUCAUGCAAAGUAUAUUCUGUCUUUGAUUUAGAAAAGAAGUCUCUUGUUGCUAUAAAAUGUGUUGAUCUGAAAAAUACAGACCCUUCUAUUCGAGAAGGAUACAAAAAAGAAAUUGAAUAUUUGCAAAAACUCCAACAUUCAAGCAGAGUUAUUAAAAUGUAUGACUAUGAGUAUCGAAAGAAUGAAUUGUUUAUAGUCCUAGAAAGAGGUGAAGUGGAUUUUGCUAAAUAUAUAUCCAAUGAAGCAAAACUGAAACGCCUAUCUCCUCUGAUGAUAAAAUUCUACUGGGCUCAAAUGCUGGAAGCUGUAGCCGAUAUUCACAAAUAUGGAAUUGUUCAUUCAGAUUUGAAGCCUGCUAAUUUUUUGCUUGUUGCUGGAAAUCUAAAAUUAAUUGACUUUGGCAUUGCAACUUCUGUUCCUGAUGAUAAAACUAGUACCUUCAGAGAUACUCAGGUAGGUACUUUGAACUACAUGUCACCUGAAGCUAUAACUCAAAUGUCAGAUAAUGAAAAAAUCCGCUUUAAAGUUGGUGUAAAAUCUGAUGUAUGGUCAUUAGGUUGUAUUCUUUACAAUUUAGUUUAUGGUGUGACACCUUUCCAUAAUUUUAAAACUUUAAUGCAGAAAAUAAAUGCCAUUACUAACCCAAAUUAUGAAAUAGAGUUCAGGCCAUUACCUGAUAAAUUGAUUGUUGAUGUACUGAAAAAAUGCUUAAAACGUAACCCCAAAGAGCGGGCUUCUGUGGAAGAACUGUUAAAUCAUCCUUAUCUUGAAGAAGAAUCCAAUCCCAAAGAAGCAGACUUUACAAAAUCAAAUGAUUUAAAUAAUGUUAUGGCACAGAUGCAAAUUCUAACUCCCAGAAGAAUGAGUUAUCUUUCCAAAGUUGUAAAAGAGUUGUCAGAAAAAAAAUAAUUCGCUUUUAUGCUUGUUUGCAAUUACCUUUGUUUUCUGUAAGUUAAUAAUUUUUGAAUAUCAGUAGAUCAUAAUCAUUCAGAAAUAUUGCUGUAUGUUGUGGGAUAUUUUUAUAGUUUUAAUGUAAUUGAUUUGCAAACAGUCAUAAUGGUAUACUUUUAUGUAUACCAUUUUAGUUGUAUAGUAUAUAUUGAAAGAAAAUGCUUUUGUAUUGAAUUUUUU